CUGCGCAGUUUCUCUGAUCUACAAAUGAUACGAACAGUCAACGCAUGUUACAAUAUGGGCUGUAGAUCAGCGAGCUUCCGCGGUGCCGCGCGAAGUCGCACUGUCGCGCUUCAGUUGAGUUGAGUUGAGUUGAGUUGACGGUGUUCACACUGAAAGCAGGUGGAUUCUGUAUGAGUGACUGAGUGAGGAAAAACAGCUCCUGAAGUAAACCACACCACUGUUUGUGUCCAUGUGUGAUAAGUGUAAAGCGGUGUGAAAGUGAAGAGAGUCGCUGUGUGAGUGUGUGUAUGUGAGAGAGAGAAAGAGCAAGAGCCGCUGAAUCAGCACACUCGUGUCCCGGGCUGCGGCGGUGUUGUUAGCGAUGCUGCUGACGGUGUUCUGCGCUCUGGGGGACCGCGGUGAGACCACCUUCGCCCUCGAAGUCUCUCCAGAGCUUGAACUCAGGGAUUUUUUGGCUCUCUGUGAGCUCGAAUCAGGAAUACCGGCAGGAGAGAUUCAGAUCUCCCAUGCAGAGCAGCCUCUGAGAGACCUGACCCGAGCCCUGGGGGAUUACGGCCUGAAGGAUGGAGAUGUAGUGGUGUUGAGACAGGCUGAGAGAAGGCCAGCUUCUCAGCCAUCCUUCCCAGGUCUGCCUCGCAUCGAUUUUAGCUCCAUCUCAGUUCCCGGCACUUCCUCGAACCAUCGUUCCACCACACCGGCUCAAAAUCCCAGGGCUGCCCAAACACCCCCUGCUGCCUCCCCUGCCUCUUCUCCUCAGGGACUGGACAAUCCCGCCCUGUUACGCGAUAUGUUGCUGGCUAAUCCGCAUGAGCUGUCGCUGUUGAAGGAGCGUAACCCGCCCCUGGCUGAGGCCCUGUUGAGCGGUGACUUUGAGCGCUUCAUGAAAGUGCUGCAGGAGCAGCAGCAGGAUCGAGCCAAAAGAGAGCAGGAGAGAAUCAGACUUCUCACCGCUGACCCCUUUGACCUGGAGGCUCAGGCCAAGAUCGAGGAGGACAUCAGGCAACAUAAUAUUGAAGAAAACAUGACCAUUGCUAUGGAAGAGGCACCUGAGAGUUUUGGCCAGGUGGUUAUGCUCUACAUCAACUGCAAAGUUAAUGGACACCCUGUGAAAGCCUUUGUUGACUCGGGAGCCCAAAUGACCAUCAUGAGUCAAGCCUGCGCAGAACGUUGCAACAUCAUGCGUCUGGUAGACCGGCGCUGGGCAGGAAUCGCUAAGGGCGUGGGCACACAAAAGAUCAUUGGCAGAGUACAUUUGGCUCAGGUACAGAUUGAAGGGGACUUCCUGCCUUGUUCCUUCUCCAUUUUGGAAGAUCAGCCUAUGGACAUGUUGUUAGGCCUUGACAUGCUGAAGAGACACCAGUGCUCUAUUGAUCUUAAGAAGAGCGUGCUGCUGAUCGGGACAACGGGGACAGAGACAUGCUUCCUUCCCGAAGGCGAGCUGCCUGACUGUGCCAGACUGGCGUACGGGCCGGAAGCGCGAGAGGACUCCCGACCAGAGGAGAUUGCAGACCAAGAGCUUGCAGAGGCAUUACAAAGAUCCAUACAGGACAGCGGACAACACUGAUGCAUUGGACAGACAGCUGAACAGGGCCCUGCCUACCCAGAAAUUGCAGAUGGAAAAACUACCUCACCACAGUCCCCACCACUCCCGCUUCACAAAUCUGUUCAUACGCCAACCACCUCCUCAUCUGCCACACGUCCUAGUCAAAGUUUUACACUAGACCGCUCCAAGUCUGCUCCAGCCUCCAUUAGCCAAAGCCUGCCAUCAGAGUCAUCAUUCAGUCCAUCUCAAACCCAGGGAGAAACAAAAUCACAUCCAUCUGACACCCAGAGCAUGACUGAACACCACCCAGCAUCUGCGUCAUCCCUGCCUUUAAAAGUGGAAGAAUCUCCUCAAAACCCUCCCCAUGGGCACUUUGAUGGUUUCCAACCUCAGUCAACAGCAUCACCCAUUCUCCCUGCUCAGGAACCAUUUUCUAGUACUGUGUCAAAUGACAAUAAAGGGACUAACUUUGUACUUUGUAGAAAGUCUGUGGCAGAUUUAAAUGCAGGGGAAGGCAUUAAAUUACAAGAAACAGAAGAACCUGAUUCCCAGACCGGCUCCCAGAAUGAUGUUUGUUUUCAGGAAGUAGACAUGGCAGAUUCGGUCGAUCCAAAAAUAAUCGGUGUUCACAUACCUGAUAACUUGCAAGAAAACGAGCAAGGUGACAUAAUGAAAGAUGAUGUAAAUGGCCAAAUGGAUCAACUUUCAGAGUUGAUGAAUCACCACAACCUUCCAGGUCCAUCUAGUUCAUCUAAAGACCCCCUUGUCCACUCAGAAUUUGACAAGAAUAUGGAAAGUAGGCAUGUUUCAAAGAGUGAAAUGACUUCAGAAAGGGACCAGUCAGAGAGCGACGGAAUCCCUUCUCUGUCUCAAGCCCUGAAGGAACUUCACAAGCUUCUGAUGUCCAACAGUAAUGCUCAGGCUUGUGCAUGGAGCCCUCUAUCUGCUACCCAUACCAACACCCCAGGACCAGACACUGAUAAGGUGGACCAUAAUCCAACAGGAAAGGAUAAUGCAGAUGUCAACCCCAAUGUUAUUUCAUCUCACACUGCCACAACUAAUACAACAGUGUUUGCCAAAUCUGAAUAUGAUACUCUAGAAGAGGAUGGUACCUUUGAAGAACUGACAGUAAGACAAGAAGGCAGUCAGACUAAUGGGUGUGCAAAUAUCAGCCUUGAGGAGGAUAUGAUGCAGUUCCCUGAAGAAAAUCAGGUGGAUGAAAAUGGGGAAGGCCUUAUGUUGGAGCCAGAGGAAGCACCUCCAGCUGAACCGUCUCAACAGCAUACCUGGUCUGUAGCAGGUGGCUCCUCAGCAGACAAUUCCAACCUUGUGUCUGUAGAAUCCUCUUAUCCAUCAAUACAAAGUCCCGGGCUGGCUCUUCCCCCUAAUCCAGACCCCAUGCAGCCACCCACACUAACGUUACCUGGACAAUACCCUGCAGAGCACAUCCAGAGGAUACAAGCAGCAGGAUUCUCGUCUCAUGAGGCAGCUGAAGCACUCGAACAGGCUGAAGGCAGUGUGGAACUUGCCCUACUGGUGCUGCUGGCCAGGAAGAUCACUGUGCCCACUUAGAUCCAUGACAGGCAUAUUUGCCACAUAACUUGGAUUCUGUGCUCUUCUUUUUGAUGCCCCUUUUUCCUUUGUUUGUGCUUAGUUUUGUUUGUCAUAUUAAAUCAGUUUAUAUGUUCCAAUAUCUAUAAACAAGCUUUGGAAGGAACUGUUUAGGUCAUUUGCAAGAAUAAUGGUGAUGUUUCCCCCCUUUCCAUGGUUUCCAAGUUCUGAAGGGUUACUGCAUUUAACUACCGUCUGGUAUAAGUUUGUUUGUUUAGUGUUAUUGAUGGUUACUUGUGUGUAACUUGUCCUUUUGACAUGCAAAGACAUGAAAAUCAUUUUAAUUAGGAUGACCCAUGCCUCUAAUUAUAGUGGCUGUGAAGCUCAACAGUGAAAGAUAUUUUAAAUUGAGUAGUUUUUUUUCUUUUCUUUUAUCAUUAUUCUCUAACGACUGUGGAUAACUGGACCUUGCUCUUUAAAUAAAUUUUAUAAAUAAAAUUGGGUGGUUCUUGAACAUGCAGAAGCAUUUAGUAAAACAAACUGGUUCAUCUGUCUUAGGACUUCACCUUUCACCUGCAACCUAAGCAGAAUAUUUUUUUGUAUGUAAACGUUGCUGUAUUAUGAAAAAUGCAGACAGGUCCCCAGAGGCAUGUUAAGCCUGAACCUAGAUAAAGAAAAAAAAAAAUAGCUGGUGAAUCACCGUGGGUAUUGCAAGUUAUAACGCACAUAGAUUUAAUCCACGUAUGGGAAGCCGGCGCAAAAACAAAAUUAUACAGCAGCUAGCUGGAACUCCUUUGCUGAAUUUGCAAUAAUUAUCAAAUACUGUAUAUUUAUUUCUCUCUGAUUUUCUGCUCAUUUUAUAUUUGCCAAACUUGUAUAACUUGAUCAUGGUGUUUUAUCAUGUUUGAAUUGGUUGCCUUCAGACUUUGUAUACCAUAUAUAUGCCCCAGUGUUUGUUAGAGCUGAAAACCAUCUUCACCAGUAUUUUAUUUUAUUUUUUCAGUCUUUUUUUUUAUUAAUUUUUUUAUAAUGAAUGGGAAAUUAUUGGUUGUGGGAGGAAGAGAAGUAAUACCAGGAAACUUAUGAGAGUCAUAUUGCAUCACCAGUCAUCUAUCUUUUACUUUUCAGGGAUUUCGCAAUGGUCUCUGAUGCUAUUUUUGUUGAUGUGAAACAUGUUCUUAGCAUAAUUUUGUGUGAAAAUAUAAAAUUAUUAGAAAAGUACAAAUGGUAGGGACCGGAGGUCUGUUUGGGUUUCAAUAUUAUUUUCACAUCAGAGCACAUAAUUACAAGACAUUUGCCGAUUUGUGUGUGAUUCAAUUAAUUCUCCUACCUUUUAUUCCUCCCCCAUGACUCUGAUAAUGUUUGGUGGACACCCAGGCUGCUCUGUCUAGCUGUUUUGAUUUGCGUGUAUAACCUUUGCCAUUUUUUAAGGUAGUCUCUGACUCAGCUGUGUUCAAAAUUUGGAUGAUUUACUUUCAACUUGUAUACAAUUUAAAAACCAAAUAAAGGAAAAGGUGUUUCUUUAUAACUCCUAAGUGCAAGUGUGUUUCAUUGUGUAAUACUAAGUAUUAGGAGACAGCAAGGCAGUGCAUUGAAAGAGACAUUCUAAAAUGCUUAACGUGGCUUAAUGUCCUACAACACUGACCAGGAAAAACCAUUAUUCUUUCACAUUUCUCGUCAUAAACACCACUGUAAUCUAAAUGGAAAGACAACAGAAACCAUUGCAGAAAUUCUAAUGGUUUCCACUACAAACACAAUUACAAACCCUCAGCUAACCAGUAAAACCAUCACCGUUACUGAUCCCUAAUGCUAUCCACUAGACAAAACAUUCCAUCAAUAGAAAGAAAAUAUUACGAGUACAGACCUACAGGGACCAUUACAAAUUCCAUUAAAACCAUUACGAUUCCCAUGACAAAUUCUAGGGGGGGUUCUAUUGUUAUUUUUACGUUAAGCAUUUUCUCCGGUGUAGAAAGACGUUACAAAAACCGCUCAAUGUAUUAAGAAGACCUUAAAAGACCAAAUUCAGUAUACACCUUAUUAAUAAACCCUAC